CACACUAUAAGUAUAGUGGCUUACAUUUGAAAUGAGCUAGUCCUUUUAUAUUCAAAAGAACCCCCGCCCCCUCCCACCGACCAAGACCGGAGAGGAAAUGGAGGGAGGCGUAUCGUGCUGCGCCGCUCCGCACCCGUCUCCUGCCCGGAGUCAGAUGUCCCAAGGUUCUUCGUGCAGCACACUUGUGGGAGUUAAAUGCCUCGCAGACUGUAUAGAUAAAUGGAAUUUGUCGUGCAGAAUUAACGAAGCCUAAUUUAGAAAAUAUUUCUAAAGAUGUUAGAAACGAUUGUAUUGAUAAACAGUCGCAAUGGAAGCUCUAGACGCUCGAGCCGGGGAAGUUUGGGGGAAUACUACAGCUCGUGCUACCAAGUACGUGUCCAUUCGCGCGCUGGCUCGCUUUGUGGAUUGGUUAUAUGGUCAUACAGAUGACAGUCAUCGUGUGGUGCUCUUCACGCGAUCAUUUUUGAGCUUGAACAGACUAACAACGACACAAUUACUCAGUGGUUUGACCGAGUGCCUCUUACAAGUCCAAUCGACCUUAGUGUACGAACUACUAAGGACUGCAUGCGAUACCUUACUUCGAUGGAGCAGCGAGGUGUCUCGGGGAAAUCAACUUUUGGCAAUAUUCGCUCUGCGUUGGUGUAUUUGUACUCUAUGACAGAACUUCCUCGACUUUCGGACUUUGACACUCACAUGAGGAGAUUCUUCAAAGGACUUUACCAUACGGUAGCACAAGUAACCCAAGGCAGCAAUGAACGCCUUCUCGAGGGCAAGGAGUCCCUUUUCGUUCUCGAUGUACAGAGUUGUUGCAGAAGCACUGAUCCAGUCCAGCAAAAUAGGAUAUAUUCGGCAUAUCAUUUUUGUUGGGUUUUUUGUUUUGGAUUUUGAUGCGUCGAGCAAAAAGCACAGAAUCGAUUAGGCAUGCCCAUCUUUCGUGAAGUGAAGACUCGGUGGCUAUAACAUUUGCCCACAUGAAAAACGAUCGAGAUGAUAGUCGUCCCUGAGACCCUCGACACGUAUACGCCAACCCUCUAAUGCCCGAGAUCUGUCCUGUGUUAAGUUUUGGAAUGUAUUUUGCGGUUCUUGGAUUUGCUAGUAAUGGCAAGCUGUAUCCUGGUGGAAACCAAUAUAGUCGCUUUCUCAAGUUGCUAAAACGUGUAUUAGGCACACAGGUAGUCGAAGAUGU